CUAGUAUCCUCUACCUUUUGUCGUAGCUCUUCGCGAUAGUCUAGACAUCAUGAGGUUCACCGACCUACUCGUUAUCACAGCUACCAUCUCCGGUGCCGUCGCGGCGCCCACGGAGGCUAAGAAGCGCGCCAGCGCCUUUCAAUUCACUGGCGUGAGCGAGUCGGGAGCCGAGUUUGGCAAUACUGCCAUCCCUGGGCAACUCGGUAAGGACUACAUAUGGCCCGAUCAUAAUGCCAUCAACACCUUGAUUCAGAAAGGCUUCAACACUUUCCGGAUCCCGUUUAUGAUGGAGCGCCUCAUCCCAACUCGGCUGACCGGCUCCAUCAACGAGACCUAUGCUGCCGGCCUUGACGAUACCGUCAAGUACAUCACCAGCCAGGGCGCGUACGCUGUCAUCGACCCUCACAACUUCGGCCGCUACUACGGCAACAUCAUUACUGAUGUGGCAGGUUUUGGAGCGUGGUGGACUACGGUGGCGAAACGUUAUGCCACCAACGAGAAAGUCAUCUUCGACACGAACAACGAGUUCCAUGACGAGGAGAACGAUCUCGUAGCCAAACUGAACCAAGCCGCCAUCGACGCCAUCCGAGGUGUCGGUGCGACUUCCCAGUACAUAUUCGCUGAAGGAAAUGCUUGGUCCGGUGCAUGGCAUUGGGUAUCUAGCGGAACUUCAGAAGGCAUGGGCAAGUUAACGGAUCCUCAGGACAAGAUCAUCUACGAAAUGCACCAGUAUCUCGACUCCGAUGGAUCUGGUACCAGCACAGCCUGCGUGUCUACCACCGUUGGCAGGGAGCGCCUGGUCGAGGCUACCGCCUGGCUGAAGGCAAACAACAAGAAGGGCAUCAUCGGCGAGACCGCCGGCGGCUCUAACGCCCAGUGCAUCCAGGCGCUCCAGGGCAUGCUCUCAUACAUGAAAGAGAACUCGGACGUCUGGACCGGCUGGCUCUGGUGGGGUGCUGGCCCAUGGUGGGGGAGUGGUGCGAGCGGAUAUAUCUUCGGGAUGGAGCCUCCUUCCGGAACCGCGUAUACCGGUGUGCUACCGUCUCUCACCCAGUUCAUCUGAGGAGCCGCGCUCUUGGCCAAGUGCGUCCAUCACCUGGGAGCAUUCCUGGUAUGGGCAAUUAUAAGUAGCUACACAAGGCGAAGACCGACAAUAAAGGGAUGUAGAAAUAUCAACACCGCACUCUUCUCAAGAGGCCGGAGUACCAGUAGAAAUGGACAUCUUGACCGGCCCAUCGUUUAAGUGUUGGUAUUCUUUAACUAUAGACUUUAAGCAGCUUCGGUUGGAGAAAGCAAGUGAACAUUAAUCUCCGGCCUAGCGUGCGGAAGAAUGUUUUAGUUGGGACGGAGACGACGAUAUCGUAGACUCCUGAAACUAGUCUUAAAGCAGUACUCUGAUCUGCUAGUUAUCGGGUGA